CAGCGUCCUGCUCGCGAGCCUGGUCGCGGUGCUGCUGGCCGUGGGCCCCGUGGGGCCCGUGGGCUGCAUGGCCGCCGUGGGGGGCAGCCGGGGCGGCCAGGGCGCCCCCGAGGGAGGGCUGGCCAGGCCGCUGCGCCCCACCCAGUUCCACACGCCCGAGGAGCUGCGGCACUACCUGGACGCCGUGUCCAACUACUACGCCGUCAACAGCAGACCCGGCCGCUUCGGCAAGCGCUCCUCGCACGUGCCGCACCGGGGUCCGCUCGUCGGCCCUCUCAUGGGCCCCCUCGUCGGGCAGCUGCAGCGGGAGGAGCGGGUCUCGGCGCAGCGCCGGGACGCGGCGCUCGAGAACAACGACCAGGCCCUGGAGGCGCUGGAGCGGGGCCUGGACAGCGGGGACGCCAUGCCCGACUACCUCUACCAGAGGUGUACCCCUUGUUCCUGGACCAGGAGCGCCUGUCGCAGCCUCGCCAGACCCAGAUGCAGGAGUGAGGUUCCCGCCCCCGCCCAGCCCCCCGCCACCAAAGUCUCUGUCCUUCGCCCGCCCCAACGAUAGAGCUUCCUUCCUGUCACAGGAUGGUGUUUUUGGUCCCACCUCUCCAAAAACGACGCAAUAAGAGGAGUGGUGCUUGGUCAAGGGUUCCCAACAAAUCCCGUCAGCAAAUAACAAGUUCAAUUCACCGUCAAAAAUGAGAAAAGAAUUCUCCUUUUUUAGAGGUUUUCGGAAGGGAGCAGGGGGUGAGGGGAUUCUAUAGCGUAACAUCUCCGGGUUUUCGUAGGUUUCAAACAGAUUUUCUCCCAGUUCAGUAUCAUAGGCUAAUUUAUUGCAAAGCAUGUCCCAUGGGCGCGGACUUUUAUUUUAAAAAAAAAAUCCAUUUCCACAUUCCCAAUCUCUCUUUGUUCUGGCUUCGAACAGUUCCACAGAUUUUGCAGUCCCUAUAUAGGGAGCGUGGAUCUGCCUUGUGCUUAACAGUUCGGCUGGAGCUGUGGGCUCGGAGGCAAAGCGAUAGUUUGAAGCUGGUUUGAAUGUGACAUUGCACCGAAAAAGCAGGACCCAGUGUUUGGCAUCUUCCUUUCGACCCAUGGAAAGCCACACUCUUUUCCCGUGCAGUGCACAUCCGUCUGCUUACUUAAGCCAUCAGUGCAAGUAAGAAAAGACUGUAUGGUUGCUUAAAACUUUAAGCCUCCAUAAGCCACCUCUGUAAGCUAUAUCAUUGUGUCCCACUUUCAAUGAAAGGUAAAGUCUCUUGGAGAUUAGUUUAUUUGCUUUUUAUAGGAAUGAGUAGAAAUGAACUCCAAGGGGCUGCUCACGGCUUAAGUAUUUUAGAAAAUGUCAAAGGUGUAAGUUUGAUUUUAAGUUUUGCAACCCUUUCAGAUAUGUAUUCUUCCUAUCCUAGAACUAGUAUUCUGAUUCCGCACUUUUUCAUUUCUAUGUGCCUCUUGUAAACAUUGUUUUAAGACAGAAACUAGAGUAAGCUAUGUUAUAAUAACUGUCUAGUAUUCCUUACUAUAAAAAUUAAUUCUCA